UCCCCCCCCCUGUCUCCCUCUCCCCCCACCCCUGUCUCCCUCUAGUUAUGGGGACCAUGUGCAGCACUUCAAGGUGCUCCAGGACAGGUCAGGACAAUACUUUGUUUGGGAGGAGACGUUCUUCUCUCUGAAUCAGAUGGUGGAGUUCUACCAUAGCAACAGCAUCGCCAAGGAGGGAACCGUCUUCCUACGAGACCCAGAACAGUCUGCCAGGCGCCCCCACCACGCCCAUGCUCUGUUUGACUUCACCCCCAACCACCCCUCCCAGCUACGCUUCCUCCGCGGUGAUGUCAUCGACCUGCUCGACUGUUCCGAUUCGCUGCGCUGGAGAGGCCGUUGUCAUGGACGCGUCGGAUUCUUCCCCCCGGAGUAUGUCCAGGCCGUCUACCAAUGACCCCGCCCCCAUCUGCCACUGACCUGUCAAUCAAACUACUGACCCCACCCCCAUCUGCCCCACCUCAUCUACCAAUGACGCCGCACCCAUCUACCACUGACCUGUCAAUCAAACUACUGACCCCACCCCCAUCUGCCCCACCUCAUCUACCAAUGACCCGUAACAGCAGUCAGUUCUCAUGCUCUGUUUGUAUAGAACACAUAUAAAUUCCUUUACGUUUGUACUGAGUGUCUGCUUAUAUAUGUUUGGCAGUACUUACUAUUCUACUAUACUAGUAAACAGAACAGGAUGUUGAAUAUGACUGUUGUAUGACGACUUUGUAGUGAGGACCAGAAGGGCAGACUAUCAAAUCAAAUCAAAUCAAAUGUAUUUUAUAAAGCCCUUCUUACAUCAGCUGAUGUCUCAAAGUGCUGUACAGAAACCCAGCCUAAAACCCCA